GGACUAGGGAAAGGCCGUCGCGCACACGUGACGUAAACCAGCUCGCGCCAGCGGAGGUGAGGAAGCCGGGAACAGCGCAGAAACACGUUUCUCGCUAGCCUCGGUUCUCACGCGCCAUGGCGACCCCAGUCCAGCAGCCUCCUCAGUCGAGCGGCGGAAAGCGCAAAGGCAAAGCUCAGUAUGUGCAAGCCAAGCGGGCGCGGCGCUGCGACGGCGGCGGGUCCCGGCAGCUGGAACCCGGGCUACAGGGCAUUCUCAUUACCUGCAACAUGAACGAACGCAAGUGCGUGGAGGAGGCGUACAGCCUGCUCAACGAGUACGGCGACGACAUGUACGGGCCGGAAAAGUUUACAGACAAAGAUCAGCAGCCCUCUGGAAGUGAGGGAGAAGAUGAUGACAUGGAGGCUGCCUUGAAGAAAGAAGUUGGUGACAUUAAAGCAUCGACAGAGAUGAAGCUAAGGAGAUUCCAGUCAGUGGAGAGUGGAGCAAAUAAUGUAGUCUUCAUCAGGACACUUGGAAUAGAACCUGAGAAAUUGGUACAUCAUAUUCUCCAAGAUAUGUACAAAACCAAGAAGAAGAAGACUCGGGUUAUUCUACGUAUGUUACCCAUUUCAGGCACAUGCAAGGCUUUCUUAGAAGAUAUGAAAAAAUAUGCAGAAACAUUUUUGGAACCCUGGUUUAAAUCUCCAAACAAAGGAACAUUUCAGAUUGUAUAUAAAUCUCGAAAUAACAGUCACAUGAAUAGAGACGAAGUUAUCAAAGAAUUGGCAGGAAUAGUAGGCAGCCUCAAUUCGGAAAAUAAAGUGGAUCUCACUAAUCCGCAGUACACGGUGGUAGUAGAAAUCAUUAAAGCUGUCUGUUGCCUGAGUGUUGUGAAAGAUUAUAUGUUGUUCAGAAAAUAUAAUCUCCAGGAGGUGGUAAAGAGUGCUAAGGACCCAUCACAACUUAACCCAAAGCAGUCCGUGCAAGCAGGAAAUGGGAAAGAAGCUAAAUUGGAAUCUGGGAACAAAUCAAAUCAACAUGAUCCAGCAGAAGGAAAAAAUAACCAGCAAGCAGUACCAGAAAAUAAUGAGGAACUGGGGCAGACAAAACCAAGAUCUGAGACACAGGUGGUGAACGAGGGAGGAGCUAAACCUGAACUUGAAAGUCAAGUCACAGAAAGAUCUGAGUCAAGUGAAAAUGAUCUCUCAUAAGGAUAAAAAAAAAAACCUCCUUUGGUGUUGCAGGUGGGUUUCCCAGAUGGCGUUCG